AUGACCGGAUGGUUGAGUGUUAGUCAAGCGGAUUUCUGUAACCCAUCAUCAGUGACGAGAUACUAUUGUAUCUCUGACUUAUUGGAGGAUUGGGCUGAAUUUGACCCUGCGGUAGUAAACGCUUCUGCCAGAACACCCUGUGCUCUAAUUGAUGGAGCGCCACCAACGAUAGAUAGUUGCAUAGAUGUGCGGACGAACAAAGCUCUGGUGAGCGAUAUCAUCUCUGGCCUAGACGUCACAGCUACUGACAACGUUAAUAACUCCGUGCCUAUACACUGCGUAGAGACCAGAGGUGCAAUACAUCUUACAACCAACGAGACCAUUUUUAACUGCACAGCCUCUGAUACGGCUGGAGGAGAGGCUACCUGUACAUUCAACGUUGUAUUGGAUCAGCAAGCUCCUGUGAUCGACAAUUGUCCUUCUAAUGUAAGGACCAACAACGCUGUGGUAACCUGGACACCAGAUCCUACAGCUAAUGACAAUGAUGGGACCACACUCGAAGUAACCUGCAUUCCAACCGCUGGUAGUUCGUUUCUAGUCGAUGCAACUACAAUUGUUGUUUGUAACGCGAUUGAUGUUGCUGGAAAUGAGGCCAUCCUCUGCACUUUUAAUGUAACUGUAGAUCAGCAAGCACCUGUGAUCGACAAUUGUCCUUCUAAUGUAAGGACCAACAACGCUAUGGUAACUUGGACACCAGAUCCUACAGCUACUGACAAUGAUGGGACCACACUCGAAGUAACCUGCAUUCCAACCGCUGGUAGUUCGUUUCCAGUCGAUGCAACUACAAUUGUGGUUUGUAACGCGAGUGAUGUUGCUGGAAAUGAGGCCAUCUGCACUUUUAAUGUAACUGUAGAUCAGCAAACACCUGUGAUCGACAAUUGUCCUUCUUAUGUAAGGACCAAUAACGUUGUGGUAACUUGGACACCAGAUCCUACAGCUACUGACAAUGAUGGGACCACACUCGAAGUAACCUGCAUUCCAACCGCUGGUAGUUCGUUUCUAGUCGAUGCAACUACAAUUGUGGUUUGUAACGCGAGUGAUGUUGCUGGAAAUGAGGCCAUCUGCACUUUUAAUGUAACUGUAGAUCAGCAAACACCUGUGAUCGACAAUUGUCCUUCUAAUGUAAGGACCAACAACGCUAUGGUAACUUGGACACCAGAUCCUACAGCUACUGACAAUGAUGGGACUACUCCUGCAGUAACCUGCACUCCAACCGCUGGUAGUUUAUUUCCAGUCGACGCAACUACAAUUGUGGUUUGUAACGCGAGUGAUGUUGCUGGAAAUGAGACCAUCUGCACUUUUAAUGUUACUGUAGAUCAGCAAGUACCUGUGAUCGACAAUUGUCCUUCUUAUGUAAUGACCAAUAACGUUGUGGUAACCUGGACACCAGAUCCUACAGCUACUGACAAUGAUGGGACUACUCCUGCAGUAACCUGCACUCCAACCGCUGGUAGUUCAUUUCCAGUCGACGCAACUACAAUUGUUGUUUGUAACGCGAGUGAUGUUGCUGGAAAUGAGGCCAUCUGCACUUUUAAUGUUACUGUAGAUCAGCAAGCACCUGUGAUCGAUAAUUGUCCUUCUAAUGUAAGGACCAACAACGCUGUGGUAACCUGGACACCAGAUCCUACAGCUACUGACAAUGAUGGGGCCACUCCAGAAGUAAUCUGCACUCCAACCGCUGGAAGUUCAUUUCCAGUUGAUGCAUCUACAAUUGUGGUUUGUAACGCGACUGAUGCUGUUGGAAAUGAGGCCUUCAUCUGCACUUUUAAUGUAACUGUAGAUCAGCAAGCACCUGUGAUCGACAAUUGUCCUUCUAAUGUAAGGACCAACAACGCUAUGGUAACUUGGACACCAGAUCCUACAGCUACUGACAAUGAUGGGACUACUCCUGCAGUAACCUGCACUCCAACCGCUGGUAGUUUAUUUCCAGUCGACGCAACUACAAUUGUGGUUUGUAACGCGAGUGAUGUUGCUGGAAAUGAGGCCAUCUGCACUUUUAAUGUAACUGUAGAUCAGCAAGUACCUGUGAUCAACAAUUGUCCUUCUAAUGUAAGGACCAACAACGCUGUGGUAACCUGGACACCAGAUCCUACAGCUACUGACAAUGAUGGGACUACUCCUGCAGUAACCUGCACUCCAACCGCUGGUAGCUCAUUUCCAGUGGAUGAUAGUACAACUGUUGUUUGUACUGCACGAGAUACUGCUGGAAAUGAAGCCAGCUGCACAUUCAGGGUCACAGUGGAUCAGCAAGCACCUGCGAUCGACGAUUGUCCGUCAGAUGUUAGAACCAACAACGUUAUGGUAACCUGGACACCAGAUCCUACAGCUACUGACAAUGACGGGACAAGUCCUGCAGUAACCUGCAUUCCAGCCGCUGGUAGCUCAUUCCCAGUUGAUGUUCGUACAACUGUUGUUUGUACUGCAAGAGAUACUGCUGGAAAUGAGGCGGGAUGCAACUUUAGCGUAACCGUCGAUCCCGAAGUUGUUGUUGUUUCCAUGGCGAUAAAUGAAACUAAUGGGUCAGAUGUUCCCUUCAUCGACGCGUACAACGACGUCACGAGUCCAGAGUCGCGAGAACUGUGCCUGCCUGUUGAAACGGCCAUGUUGGAAGCUUUAAGCCCUGAGAUGGCUUCAAUUGCGACGGCAAAAUGUAUCGCUAUCUACCAAGGCAGCAUUAUCGUGGACGUGCGCUUGGGCUUCAGUCCCGAUCCAAAUAGCGCGCCUCUUAGUGGCGCUGUGCAGGGGGUCCUCCAAAACGUCAUCACAGAGGGGACAUUUGGAGCUGGCGGUAGUGUUACCUACACUAUCAACCCAGAGUCAGUGGUCGCACAAUGUACUACUAGCCUUGCCGCCGUACUUAUCCCCGUAAUAGCUCUCGUCUGCCUUCUGGUGGUAAUUGGUGUGUGCAUAUUCCUUAUGAGAUCCGCUGCGUACGAGGCCUCGGAACAACCUGCGGCACCCCCGGAACUAAACCUGAUGGCGUAUGACAGAGGGGCCCAUCCGCCCCAGCGUCUGUACAACCCAUAUCACGGCAAGCUGACUCACGAGUCACGGUUCACUCGUCUCGGUGGACGACUAGCUGUCAAUCGUCUCGCUUACAUCAAUCGUCAGGAGACUUUUUAA